AGUUUGGGAGCAGUUCAGUAGGCAGCUCAGGAACGACGUCAGCUUCAAACUACGGUAUAAAAGCGCGGAGGUGGCCGCAGCUCAGCAGACUGCAAGAGCUUUGACUCCAACACGAGCCUCCACUAAGACUAGAGACCACCAGAAGACAAGUCCAGAGACAGACGACUGAGGGAAUACCCAACAAGGACUCCUCUCGAGACAGAUUAUAAUCCACAUUUUUACUCUGGGAACAGGAUUCCUUUUGGAAGAAAAACAAACUAACCAAGAUGCUGGUUCUGACUUUCGCCGCUUUCCUUCUCGGAAGCCUAGAUUUGGUCCUCUCCUCUCCCUACCAUUCCUGCCCCUCCGUGUGUGAGUGUCCACUGGAGAUGCCCAAGUGCGCACCGGGCGUCAGCGUCGUGCUGGACGGCUGCGGCUGCUGCAAAGUCUGCGCCAGGCAGCUGAACGAGGACUGCAGCCUGACCGAGCCCUGCGACCACACCAAGGGGCUGGAGUGUAACUUUGGGGCCAGCUUUGCUGCAGCGACCACCCGUGGCAUCUGCCGAGCCAAGUCAGAGGGCAGACCCUGUGAGUACAACAGCAGGAUCUACCAGAACGGAGAAAGUUUCCAGCCCAACUGUAAACACCAGUGCACAUGCAUCGACGGGGCAGUGGGCUGUGUCCCACUCUGCCCACAGGAGCUCUCUUUACCCAACCUGGGCUGUGCCAACCCCAGACUGGUCAAGGUUGCGGGCCAGUGCUGCGAGGAGUGGGUGUGUGACGACGGUAAAGAAAGAGACAUCCUGGAGAAGAUCUUUGGAAAGGACAUCAUGACUGAUGAACUGGAGCGAGACCUCACCAAGAAGAACGAGCUCAUUGCAAUUGUCAAGGGGAGACUGAAGACUCUUCCAUCUUAUGUAGCUGAGCCAGAGGGCCAGAUGUUUGACAGCCAGAAGUGCAUCGUCCAAACCACACCUUGGUCUUCGUGCUCCAAGAGCUGUGGAACCGGCAUCUCCACCAGAGUCACCAACAACAACAGCGAGUGCAAGCUGGUCAAAGAGUCGAGGCUCUGUGAAGUGCGGCCAUGCACCCAGUCACCCUACAUCAGUGUGAAGAAGGGAAAAAAGUGCAGCAGAACCAAAAAGUCCAGCCAACCGGUGAAGUUCACCUACGCCGGCUGCUCCAGCCUGAAGAAGUACAGGCCCAAGUACUGCGGCGCCUGCGUGGACGGCCGCUGCUGCAGCCCCCACAAGACCAGAACCAUCCGGGUCAAGUUCCGCUGCGAGGACGGCGAGACCUUCAACAAGAACGUCAUGAUGAUCGAGUCUUGCAAGUGCACUUACAACUGUCCCAAUGCCAACGAGGCCUCCUUCCCGUUCUACCGCCUCUCCAACGACAUCCACAAGUUCAGAGACUGAUUGUGGACUGUGAGAACGGUGGAGGUCAUCAGCACCAGUGGUGGCCCACGUAGGGUCCAGAUGAAUGCAGGGGUGUAAAUAGACCACCAGUCAACUGCCAGCUUCUUGUUGUAACUAGAUUCCCAAGGAAUUGUGGGCUUACAUCAUGAGGACUUAAUGAAGUGCACUGUUUGCUGUGACUACGUCAGCAUUCCUAUUCUUACCAAACCGCUUCGUAUUAACGGAGCGUCUCGAGUAGCUUCGUUAUGGAGCAAGAUGUAAUUAAAGCAUUUGUACAUUUAAGUUAGCGGCUGAUAUCAAUUCACUGUAUAUAUAUAUAUAUUUUUUAUCCUUUCCCAUCAGACAUGACCCAGACAUGACCUGUAGACUUGUGUGUGCGUAUGCAGAUAUGCACACAGGCAACGUUCACCUAGCGGAACCUCCCAUCACUUAUCUCCAAGAAGCAGACGGUGAAAUGUCACCUCUGGACUUGUUUAACAAGAGUGUGGUUUCAUUUUCUUCUCAACGUGGGCAUUACUGUUCAUGUUUUGUGGCAGCUAUUGAAAACUCCCUUCAUGAAAAAAGACAAAGAGGAAACAAACAAAACAAAACCAACAAAAAACAACAACAACAACAAAGUCAUGUCAAAGGAUGAAUGAAUGAAUGUUUCUUUUUAUUAUUAUUAUUGUUAUUAUUGUUAUUAAUAUUAUUUAUCGAGAAAUGUAGCUACUCUAUUUGGAUAUUCUGUGUCAUACUGGAAUAAAUUGUAAAGUGAUUUAAUUUUAUAUGCUACAAAUAAAACAGAUUUAUUUAUGAAAUAUAA